CUUACCAUAGGCAGCACGAAGCCCUGGUUGUAGUCCGUGUGCUCUCCGAUCAGGUUCACCCUGCCGGGGGCUGACACCGCGACCUCAGGGUCCGCCCCUGCAAAGGCCCCUCGACUUGGUCUAGUUACCUCUCAGGAGCCAGGCCUGAAGCAAGGAGUGAGUUUGCUUUCCUCCUGGUGUUUAACAUUGACCUUAUAUCUCUGGGGGCUGAGCAAAUGGUUUGGCCACGUGACUUGAACUUGGUCUGUUCAUGGACCUUCCUGCCAAAUAGAACAACCUGAUGGUAACAAACUGACUGUAGAGUUAUUCCACAAGCUGUCGCUCUAGCUCUGGUUAAAAAUACCAGCUCAUCAAGACCAGUCCCGUUAGAGGAUGAUGUGAACAGGUGCCCUCAGCGUUCUGCUUGCCUCCCACUUUCUCACAGCCCGCAUCCUUGCCAUCAAGGAGGGGAGCAGCCUGUGCACUGAUGUCUCUCCGCACCUAGCCCCCUUCUGCGAGAUCCUGGAAAUGAUCCUUCGAAAAGGAAUUAAACAGCCGGUGCUGGGCUUCAAGAGACGAGAUUAUUGGCACUGGUUAGAGCAGCUUCCUCAGCAGGAUACCUGCAGCGGGGUGACCCCCUUAUCAAUCAUGAUAGAGAAAGCCAGUUCCUGUGAGAAGGUGCUGACAGCGCAGGGACGAGGGCGGUACUUCAUGCGCCUAGCUUUAAAUCAGAAGUUACUAGCUACUGCCAUUCAACAGCUGGCUCGGAAUCCAACACUGCUGGAGUGUUACGAUCCUCUGAUCUCAGUGCUGGGAAAUGAAGAUUUCAUGGAGCCGUUCCUCUCACUGAUGCUGGUGGUGUCAGAGAUGAAUUUCUCCCUGGAUCUGCAGAAUUCCAGUUUCUUGGAUGAAAGUUGGCUGCUGCCGGUUUGCAUGACCUAUGAGACUGUACCCUGCAGAGAACUGGGGAUGGUGCUCAGGUACUUGGACGGUCGGAUCUUCGUCAUCGAGGUGCUUCCCGAGAGCCAGGCAGAGGUGGACGAGGUGGUGCUGGCUGGAGACGUCAUUGACGAGAUCAGUGGUUUUUCCCUGAGAAACGCACGCAACGGACAGGCAGGGUCUGUGCUGCAAAAGCUGAAGGGCAAGCCUCUGAGCUUCCGCAUGAUCCGGUGGAAGUGGCACGACGGAGGGAUGUACAAACCGCUGCUGCCCUACCUGACAGUGCUAAGGGAAAAGGUCCCCAGCUUCCAACUCCAACAGGAGCACAUACACAAAGAGGAGAAGGAGGAGCGGUGCCUGCAAGGGGACAGGCUACUGUACAACCUGCGGUACCUGGGCCAGGCCAAUGUAGGAAAGUACGGUGGCAAAGAGGUGCUGGACAAAGGCAUACCCACGGUAUUAGAGCAGCACCUGUGCCCACGGGAAGUUUUAUUUGACGUGAAAGAAACUGAAGUCUUCAUACAAGAGAAAACCUCUUCCAAGGUUCUGUUCCAGUACCCCUAUCCAGAGAUCUCCUGUGUGGGUCGCCGGCUGGACAGCAACAAUCUUUUUGCCUUCUGUGUUGGGGUUUCACCAGAGACCCCCGAACACACUACCUUUGACUGCCUUGUGUUUGAAUCAAAUUCUGAGAGAGAAUGUGAAGAAAUUAUCAAGAGAAUUGCUGCUGGAUUUAAACACACUGAAUGGUUUGUCUGAUGAGAAGGGGGAGUGAUGGCUCUAACUCAGAGCAUUCUCAGGGCACUCCAGUGACCCACAUUUGGAGCCCUGGUGACAAUUCCAUCCUAUUUUCAGAUGUUAAGACCUUGACAACGGAUUAAGAGGCUGUUUUCACCUGUAACGAACUGAAUUUAGGAUUUUAUUUUUAAACUGUCAAUUUUGGAAGGAAGCGUUUCAAAUGCAUUCUGUUCUAAGCUAUCAGUCUGAAGGCCAAGGCUAACUUACUGCCCAGUCUCAACAUCAUAAACUGUUCUUUCUUUAAAAAAAUUCCCCAUGGAGAAUUUCACUUGUGGAAUAAAAGAUGGGAGUAACA